GCACUUCCGGGAUAGAGUUCAGAAAAUAUUGAUGGCGGCCCCAUGCCUGUCGGAGCAGUGGCAAAGAAGUGCAGUUGUUAAUUAAAUUAUUGAAAUCUAACAGCAGCCACUCAAAACUCCCAGAAUGAAGGACACACCGCUGUCUAACUGUGAGCGGGAUUUCUUGCUUAAAGCCAUCGAAGAGAAAAAGCGCCUGGAUGGACGACAGACCUACGACUACAGAAAGAUGAAGAUCACAUUUGGGACUGACUAUGGAUGCUGCUUUGUGGAUUUGGGGAAAACCAGGGUCAUGGCUCAGGUGUCGUGUGAGCUGGUGGCUCCUAAAGAGAAUCGACCAAACGAGGGAAUCCUGUUCUUUAACAUCGAGCUGUCACCCAUGGCCUCACCAGCAUUUGAACAGGGCAGACAGUCUGAGUUGUCAGUGAAGCUGAACAGACAGCUGGAGAGAUGCUUGAGGAACUCCAAGUGCAUUGAUACUGAGUCCCUGUGUGUGGUGUCUGGAGAAAAGGUGUGGCAGAUCAGAGUGGACGUUCACAUGUUAAAUCACGAUGGGAACCUGAUGGAUGCUGCCAGCAUUGCUGCUAUCACCGCUCUGUGCCACUUCAGACGCCCUGAUGUCGGCAUCCAGGGAGAGGAAGUCACAGUGUACAGUCCAGAGGAGAGAGACCCUAUUCCUCUGAGUAUCUACCACAUGCCUAUCAGUGUCAGCUUCUCCUUCUUCCAACAAGGAACCUAUCUGCUGGUGGACCCCUGUGAGCGGGAGGAGCGGGUGAUGGACGGCUUGCUGAUGAUCGCCAUGAACAAACACAGAGAAAUCUGCUCCAUCCAGUCCAGUGGGGGCAUCAUGUUGCUUAAAGAGCAGGUUAUGAGAUGCAGUAAAAUAGCCAGCGUUAAAGUGUCUGAAAUCACAGAACUCAUCAGCAAAGCCCUGGAGAAUGACAAGAAAGCAAGGAAGGCGGGUGGCAGGUGUGGUUUUGCAGAGUCUAUGCCUCAGGAGCGAAUCACAGCACUGAAAAUGGACGAGACUCCAGUGGAGAUGACAGAUGUGACAGACAGAGCCGAUGACAUCGUCCGGAAAGCCGAGGCCCCACCUCAGACGGUGCCGUCCCCAGUGGUCCCCGUCCCAGGUGUGGGUCAGGUAGGGCAGGGGCUGCAGAACACCUGGGGACUGGAGGAGGAUGAUGAAGAGGAAGAGGAGGAAAAUGACAACAGUGGUGAAGAACAGGAGGAAAAAGUAACAAAGAUGGAAGAGGAAAAGGAGGAGAUCAGAGGAGGAGAUGUGGUUGAGAUAUCUGACAGUGAAGAGGAGGAAGUGGUCAUACUUCAUCCGGAAACACCAAACAAAGCUCCUAAAAAUACAGGACCCAGUUCCCACCAGAAGAGGGCGACAACAUCAAAGAAAAGACAGAAAUAAUGAAAGAAGUGUUGGAUUCUUACUCUGAGAACGUGAAGUUUCCUUAUUGUUUGUAGCCAUUUGGAUCGAUAUAAAAACAGACUGUGCUAACAGAUGUCUAGAAAAUUAUUUUUUACAUAAUUUUUUUUUAUUAAAAAUGAAAGGAUGUAAAAGCGUUUCAUAAGUAUGAUUAAAAAUUAAUAUUCUCAA